AUGUUGACAACAUUUUUUGUUCUUACCUUCGCUUUAAUAGGCGUGCAAGCAAUUACUGUUGAGCUAACCGAAGAGAAGACUCCAUAUGAUUACGUAAAAGAGCGUUUGGAUGCAAUCGGGACUGACACUCGUUCUGGCUUGCCGUUAUCAAACUCAUAUGAAGUCGAAGAAAGUGAGGAUUAUCCGGAGGAGAUUGAUGGGGCAGAAUCAACAGUCCUCAAUACUGUCACAGGUGUUGGAGGAAUUGGUUUAGGUCAGGGCAUUGGAUAUGGUGGUUUAGGUGGAAUUGGAAUUGGCCGUGGAUUGGGUAUAGGUCUUGGCGGAUUUGGUGGUGCCGGGGGAAUUGGCGCCACUGGUGGCCUCGUUGGAGCAGGAGGACUAAAUGGUGGCAUUGGUGGAAUCGGACUAAAUGGAAUUGGAGGACUGGGUGCAGGUCAGAUAGGUGCGGGUGGCUUAGGACUUGCAAACGGAUUUAUAAAUCCUGCUUUAGCGGGCAUCGGAGGGGGUGGCCUCGGAAUUGGAAAUGGUCUUUUGUACCACCCACUUCUUGGUGCCCAAGUUGGGGGCGGUUAUGUAGAUAAACAAGCCUAUGACGCUGCACAGAAGAAAGGAGCUGAUCAAAAUGUAGAAAAGAUUGAAAAGAAAGCUGGCGAAGAGGCUAAGCAUGGACAAGAAGGUUUCCAACAGGCUUCCGCAGCAUCUAAAUCGGAGAAAGGUGACUCAAGUUUCUACAAAGACGAAGAAGCUAAGAAGAAAGCAGCGGGAGAUGAAAAAUUCUACGCCGGAGGCCAAAAACUUGAUAAACAGGGUGCAAAUGAAGAGCAAUUGAAGAAAGCUAAAAGUCAUAAAAAGGGUCAUGUGAGCAAGGGUUUUAAAUCAUCGAGCAGCAAAAAUGAAGAAGAAAAAUCUGAAAGCUUCUAUGACGAAGCCCACGAUGAAUCAGACCACAAAGUUGCAGGACAUAACGCGGGAUCCUUUGGCGAGAAUUCCGAACAUGGGUUCAAGGGAGCUCAUGAGGAGAAGAUUCUCGAUGCUAAUGCACAAGGCAAAGAAGGUCAUCAUGUAUCAGAACAAAAAGUGGACGACGCAAAGGCCAACAAGGGAGAAUUCCUGCAAAAGGGUUUCAAUGAGGGUACGGAACUUUUGGAAAAGUUCAAUAAUCUUGGAGCUCACGCCGUCCACGGUCACCAAGAAGCCACCGGUGGCUACCAACAGAACAAAGGAAUAUUGCCCAUACAUUAA